AUGGGCAUGGCACAUGUAACCAGUGGUCGAGCGACUUUUACCUAUCAAGAUUUAAUCAAUUCAAAUUCAUCAACAUUGCCGACAUCUUUUAUUCCAAAGAGCCUUCUUAAACGUAUGUUAAUUCGAGAAAAUGAAUUACGUUUAUCUAAUGAAUAUCAAAAACGAUAUUGUGACGCUGAACAAUCACCAUCAUCAUCAUGGUUGGAUAUAACCGAUGAAUUACAACGGCAAGUAAUUCGUGAAUUUAACUUAGAAGAUGAAAUGCAUGAAGCACUUCUAUGUUUACGAUGUGCAACACAAAUUUAUCCUGAUUUACAAUCGAUUCCACUCUAUGUUAAAUAUAAUCGAGCGAGAGAUGGUGAUUUACAAAUAGGUGAUAUUGUACCGAAUGUUCCAGUCGUUCAACUCGACGGACAAGAUAGUCAAUUAUUCGAUGGAUUAAAACCUUCAUCGACAGUAUUGAUUGCACAUGCUCAAGAUGAAUGGCCUAUUUGUAGUGCUCGAUGGUGUCCAACAGGCGUGCCAGUAAAAUACACUCAAACUCAUACUGUUGAAGAACGUUUAACAGUUGCAAAAGAUUUUAUUCGAGAUUUUAAUUUUCCGAUGCCGGUUGUGAUCGAUAAGCCAGAAGAAAAUUUAUUUGAAAAAAUAUAUGCAUCAUGGCCAGUUCGAAUUUAUGUUAUUGAUAAAGAUUAUCGUUUGACAUAUAAAGCUCAGCCCAGUGAAAGUAUGUUGAAAUUAAAUGAAUUCACUGAACAUCUACAAUCAAUUAUUCAAUGA